CCGGACCAGCUGAUUCAUCAUGGCUCUGCUCAUGGACCACCAGUUCAGACUGCUCCCAGCGGACAAACAGGUGGAGACGAGACCCUUCCUGGAGGCCUGCUCUUAUCUCCCCUUCUUCAUCGAUUGUUUAGGUCCUACGCUGUUCGCUCCCAUCAAGGCUGAAAUCACCGGGAACUUAACAAAGAUCAAGGCUGUUUACGAGAGCAACCCUGGGAAGUACAAGACGCUGCAGCAGAUCCUGGAGGCCGAGAAGGAGCAGCACGGCUCCCAGUGGCCCCGGGUGGGGGCCACCCUCGCCCUCAUGUGGCUCAAACGGGGUCUCCGGUUCAUCCAGGUGUUCCUCCAGAGCGUGGCGGACGGGGAGCGGGACGAGGCGAACCCCAACCUGCUGAGAGUCAACUUCAGCAAGGCCUACGACGCCUCCCUCAGGAAGUACCACGGCUGGCUGAUGCAGAACCUCCACAAGGCCAUAAUGUACGCUGCUCCCUAUAAGACAGACUUCCUCAAGUCCCUGUCGAAAGGUCGCGAGGUCAAGGACGAAGAAUGCUUGGAGAAAAUCCGAAAGUUCCUCAACAAUUUCUCGGCUACAGUGGACACAAUCUACGAAGUGUUCUCCAAGAUGAACGCAGAUCUGGAGUACAAGGUGUAGGGUCUGCCCCCGCUGACCCCUGACCCCGCUGACCCUACCUGACCUCGCUGACCCCUGACCCCGCUGACCCUACCUGACCUCGCUGACCCCGCUGACCCUACCUGACCCUGCUGACUUCAUGUCAGAUCUCCAUCUUUUUGUGAGCUUCAUCUGCGUGUGUGUUUGUGUGUGUCAGUGUGUGUGUUUGUGUUUAUGUGUGCGUGUUUAGGGCGGCAGCAGCUCAGGAGGUAGAGCGGGUUGGCUGGUAACCUGAAGGUUGCUGGUUCGAUCCCCAGCUCCUCCUAGCUGAGUGUCGAGGUGUCCUUGACAAGGUACCUAACCCUGACUGAUGUCGUGAAGUCGAAGACAGACAUCCUGUCUGUCCUCGACAGCUGCUGCUGGAACAGAGACUUCCAACUCUCCAGCAGUAGCGCCCCAAGGCCAGAUAUGCGCCCAGCGGGAAAACUGAUGAUGAUGAUGAUGUUUGUUUGUGUGUGUUAAGCUGUGAUUUUUAUGUUGUGCAGCACUGUAAAUGCUUAAUGUCAACUGUUAUAAUU